AUGGAAGCUUUUAAACGUGAUACAACUGCCGAUGACUUACAAUCUUUCGAUCCCCAAGACUGGCCAAAUAUCCCACGUCCUAUUAUCAUUACAUUUGCCUUAAUCAGGAAAGCCCUUUUAAAUCAUGAAAAUGGCAUUUCAAAACUAAAACAAUCAAUUCAUCAUGUGGAUGUUAAAGGAGAAACUCAUUAUAAUGAGCUUGUAAAAACAAUUUCAAAUACAAAUGAUAUGAUAGUAAGCUCUGAAGAAAUUUGCAAAGAUUUUACAGAACAAAAAUAUGAAAAAGUGAAAAAGAAAUUUGAGAAGCUUCAAGGGAAAAUUCAAAAAGAAAAUGAAUACAGAGCAAAAUCAUUGGAAGAUUAUAAGUGAAGUCUAAAUGAGCAGUUGGGAAAUAUUAAUAAGAUUAAGAUUAAGAUUAAGAUUACGCUGGGUAUUUAAGGUCCCUACUACGUCCGAGGUCGCAUGCCACGGUUUCCCGUGUGGUGGCAGAGCGUUCACCAAGCCCGGCCGCCGAAACCCCCGGUUUCUCGGUAGAGGUAUUGUCAAGGGCCGUCUCAUACCGGCUUUGCUGACCACCUCCAUUUCCAACUUGGAUCGUCGCCUAAGUUUACGCCAACUCCGCUUCGUCGUCCGCCAGAUCUGCCCAUUGAAGGGCACCUUUUCAACUGGAGAGACCCCCGUUUUGGUGUCUAACUCGCCUCCCCUCUUCUCCGGUCAUCCCGAGAAAGAACUCAACAGCUUUCACCAUUCGGGGCGAGCCACUAAAGCAGCUUAGGCAGGUAAUUCACCCUGCCUCAUUUCGGGCACUCACUGGGCUGAGCGCUGCUGGCAAAAAGAAGUCACGAAUAACUGCCCAUGGGUCUGGUCGCAAAAACAGCGGUUCUCGCGCUUAGGCCUCUCGCUUCGAGGUCCCGGACGUUGUUGGGCUAAUUCCUGGCUCCAAAAACCAUGCCCGGAUAUACAUGGGUAACCACCACUGAGAGGGUGGGUCGGUCGCCAUACGCCAUUUUAUGUAUAUGGGAAAUAUUAAUAAAAGAAUUGAUGCAUUGCCAACUUUUGCGAUUUUAGACGAACUAAUUGAAGAGAUGAAGGCAAAGUUAAAAGAGAAAUUAAUUACUGAAGUAAGAGAUACGCUGUUGAACCCUGAAAUCUAUAUGAUGUCGCAGAGGCUGAGGCUUGUGAACUCGUAAGAGAAAUUUAGAGACUUAGAAAAUGACAUUGAAUUGGCUAAUAAAAAGAUUAUAACUGAAACAAAAAUUUUAGAGGAAAAAAUUGAGAAAAUCAAUUUUAUUUUGAAUGGGAAUAACACUGAGAUUGAAAAGAAAAUUGAAAGUAAUGGAAAUGCUUUAAAAAAUGAAAUAAAGAAAAUUAAAGAUUUUGACGAGCAUUUAAAAUCGUUGGUUUAUUCUCAAGAUCAGCAAAUAUCAAAGCUAUGCACAGCAUUAGGUGAAAAAAUAAAAAAAAUCAAAGCUAGCAUUAAAGAAUGGCAAAAUAAACUAGAAGAAGUGAAAAAUUCGAUUCCUCAGGUACAAAUAAUGCCUUCUCCCAUUCCUCUUUCGUCAAUUCAAAAUAUACCAGGGGUUGAAAUUUCAUCUUAUUCUCCUACUGUAUCAUGGCAGCAAAAUACUUUUAAUCAGAAAGAGAAUCAAGAGCAAAUGGCACAAGAGACCAAGCCUUUCCAAGAAUUUCAACCUGCUCAGCAAUAUCAAGAUGAAGCUUUUUCUCCAAAGUCUUUAAGCUUUAAGCCUUCUCAAGAUAGCAUUCUUGAUUUUCAAAUUCCAGUUCAUCCAACUUUUAAUAUCCCUAUUGAAGAAAUAACAGAAAAAUUGAAAGACGAAAUUAGAGAAGAAAUUUCUGAGCUAAAAAUAGAAAUUUAUGAGCAUAUAAAAGCUCAUGAUGAUAAAUUAGCAAAAGAUAUAACGGAUACGGUUAAGCCGAUAGAAAACAGGAUCAAUAACACCAAAGGGGUGUUAGAAAAUUAUGUAAAAGAGCUAACUUCCCCCCUCCGUGAGUGAACAAAACCAUUAGAAAAAUUGUUAUUUUUUGCCCAAAAACCCUCCUACCUAAACAAAAAUUUUUAUGGAAAAAAAUUUUGAUAUAUAAGUGAUAAUUAGCAUAAUGAAAUCUAGAGCUAAUUCUGUUCAAUUUUAAACAAAUUGCUUUUUAAAACAUAAAUUUUAUAAAUCAAAUUAAUAUUUGCUUUCCAAUUUUUGCGAAUUAGGAUUUUUUUAAAUUUCGAAAAAACUAAUAUAUAUAUAAAUUUCUUUAAAAAAAAAAAAUUAACCCUCCUCCGUGAGUGAACAAAAUUUUUUUGUUCACUCACGGAGGGGGGGGGGGAGAGUAAGAGAUAAACUAGCAUGACUUCCUAUUAGCCUAAACCAGUUAGAAGGAAUGAAUCCUACUGAAGCAAGAAUUUUUACAUUAGAAGCUCGCUUACGUUCUGAAGAAAAUUCCCGAAUUCAAGGCUUCAAUCAAAUUUUAAAGGUCCUUGACCACUCAAAAGCACAGCUUCCUCCUUCAAGCCGUGCUAGUCCUGAGCCAACUCACAGGCGAGAAGUUUCCACUCCCCAAAUUCCUUCAGGACGAGUUUCCACUCGACCUCGUAGUAAAAUCUACGAACGCCGUGCAACCCCAGGCGGUAUGUGCACUUCCGAUAUGUGAAAAAAGCCAUCAGAGCACAAAAAAUCUCUUAAUGAGUCAGAUAGUAUCCAUGGCUCCAAAAUAGCCACACAUUCCCCACUUGAAAAUUUCCUUUCAGAUGACAGCAAUGCCGAAAUUUUCCACAGAUACCAAGCCCACCGAAAAUUCAAAGAAAUUCCUAAAUCUUGGGACCUUGACACAUUUUCAGCUCAAAAAGGCAUGAGCCCUGUUCCGAGCAAGGACGAAAUUACGUUAAGAUCUAAGCUUUCAAACUAA